UGAAAGGCCAGUUUUGAACGUCGAAACAGCAUGCCAGAGCUCCAAGUCCGCGUCAAGGGCGCCACCAACCUCCGCAGCGUCCAGUUCAUAGGCAAACAAGAUCCAUACUGCGAAGUCAGGUUGGGUGGACGAGUGUUUCGCACUCGAACGCACGACAAUGGCGGCAAGAAUCCACGAUGGGAAGACACGUUCGUGUUCAACGUGAUGGACCCACAGGUGGAACAACUAUUGAUCGUCAUCAAGGACCACAACUGGGUCAGCGACGAAUUCAUCGGCACGUGCAACGUUCCUUUGAAUGCAUUCCUCCACGGUCAGAUGGUCGAUCAAUGGUACCCCGUCAACCACGGCCGCAAGCAGAAAGGCACUAUCAACCUAGCCAUCCAACUCCUCCUCGGCACAGGGCCUACGGCGGGCUACGCAGGCCAAGGCAUCGUUCAACCAGCGUACCCUCAACAACCUCAAUAUCCUUCUCAUCCGCAACCCCAUUAUGGCGCUCAACCUGGGUACCCCGGCUAUGCACCUCAACCAACGUACCCUGCGCAACCGAACUUACCUCCGCCAGCAUACUCUGGCUAUGCCCAGCCUUCGUACCCUGGUGCUCAGCCAGGCUACCCCGCAACCCACGGAGCGCCCAACUAUCAGCCUUAUCCUCAACCGGGCUACCAAGGCGCCUAUCCUCCGCCGUACCCCACGGCACAACCUGGCUACCCAGGGUAUUCAUCCUCACAAGUGUAAUCAAUCGAGAUCGUUUAGAGUGUUAAUCGUUCAUGUUUGUGGACAUCUGAGACAUAGAUUUCGUCCACAAGUACACAUCCACCAUCCGUUGCGUCGUGAUCUACUAAGCUACACUGUGUACUAGUUAGUAUGCCUACCUACCUCCUUCAUCGGGUGAUACAAUAUACUGCUAUAGUACUGCAAUAUGAAGUUAUAUAAAGGGCAGCGUUACUGUACCCCGUAGGUUCGCUUCCUUCUAAUGCGAAACUUGGUGUUGCACUAGGUGUACAUACUUUCCAUCGGGGAUCGCCAUGAGUUGGUCGUGGGUGCCAAGCUCGACAAUCUUGCCUCCGUCCGUGACAGCAAUCACGUCGGCAUUUCGAAUCGUCGACAGCCGGUGGGCCACGAUGAUGGUCGUGCGCCGUUUGAGCUGCAGCAGCGCGUCCAACGAGGCUUGGACGAGGCGUUCGCUUUCGUUGUCCAGCGCACUCGUGGCUUCGUCCAGC